AUGAAGUUAGUAUUCAUUCGAACGCGGUGCGGUGUGGACGUGUGAAAAAUUUCAGCAGAAAUUGUUUUGUCUGUUAAACUGUGAUAUUAUUUCUAAGUUAUUUAAAACGCUAAAAUGUCGAUCCACAUCAAGGACUCCGAUGACCUGAAGACCAGGCUGGCCGAGGCCGGUGAGAAGCUGGUGGUGAUCGACUUCAUGGCGACCUGGUGCGGUCCCUGCAAGAUGAUCGGGCCCAAACUAGACGAGAUGGCGGCUGAGAUGGCUGACUCUAUCGUCGUUCUUAAGGUGAGAAUCAUUUAUUCUGGAAAUAGGAUAUUUCAUCACUUUUUUGAGAACGCUGGAGUCGACGUUGAAAUGUUGUAGACCUCCACCCACCCC